UGUGAUGCUGAUGGAUCCGGCUUGACAGAACAAGGUUAUCUGCCAGAGGAGAGUCCGUCCAUUUUCUUCAGCUCCUUACACUUAGGAGAAGCUGUCGAAGCGGAGGGCGCAGCAACUCCCCACCCGCGCGCCCGCGCGUCCCCCCGGACUCUCCUGCACAUUGAGGAUCACAGCAAAAGCGCUCCGAUUAUCCAGGACGACUCCAGGUUGCCGCGCCCAAACCACGAGAUGCGACCGACCCUUACUGCUGAAGCGAAUGCGAUGCGCUUUAUACACAGAAACGGAUGCAGAAAUAAGCGCGUUUGGAGGGAAUAACGCCUUACUGCCACUUUACUGAGAUUUUGUUGCAUUUGCUGCAUGGAGCGGAUGAAACACGACAACUCAUUUGAAUGAAUUUUGCGCAAGUAUGCAUUCGUGAUCGUUCCAGUGGGAACUUUUUCCUCCGACACUGCGCGACAGGGAAAGCAUCGUGUUUUAUUUGCGAUGCAUCAUACUAGAGUGAUUUUUUUAACACCUCCAGCACGUUGACCCGUUGAAGAUGCAGGUGCUGCUUUUAAAAACGAUCUUUUUCAUAGCUGGAUGCCCACAUGUUCUGCUGCAUGAAGAAAAUCACAGUGCACACACCAAAGAAACUGGCAGCAUUCAUUUUAGGGGUCUUCAUCAUGGUGCCAAGCAUCAUGCAAAGCAUCAAGCUACAGGUACGCCUGCCUUUGACAUCAAACAGACUUCAGAGAACAACAGUAAGUUUGCCUCUCAUCUCUGGCUGGUUUUAGACAGCAGAAGUAAACGGUAUGGAUACAGUCAUCUCAUGUCAAACAGAACACACACGGUCCGGCAGGGUGGAACAAACCCACACAAACGCUAUCGGGAACAUAAAAAGGAGGAGAUGCAUGGUAAGAUGCCCGCUACCAUGGGAACUGCAGGUGGACACAAUAACUCCAAGCCGAAUUCAAUGAGGUGGGGACACGAGAGAAACCACAGACGCAAAAGGGGUACAAAGGAACACCACAAGAGAACGUUUAAGAGGGGCCAGAAGAAAAGCACCGUCCCUCUGACACCACCCCAAACUUAUUAUAAUGCCCUGGCAUCCUCUUUAACCCUUUGGGAACCGCUGCCUAAACCCCUGGCUCUUACCGCCACCGAUUUUCCAUUUGAUCUUUCCCAAAAUGCUGAAUUCCACACCAAACAGGUAGACGACCCGUGGGACGCCACGCCAAUGACUCCUCCAUAUGCAGAGGAUGAGGAAAGUGAACUGUUCCCCAAUCCUUUCUACCCCGUUACCAGCGAGACAUACGGAGCGUAUGCAAUCACUAUUGUCUCGGCCCUUAUUUUUGCCGUGGGAAUAAUCGGGAACAUAGCAAUAAUGUGUGUCGUGUGCCAUAAUUACUACAUGAGGAGCAUCUCAAAUGCUCUUCUCGCCAACCUGGCCAUUUGGGACUUUGCACUGCUUUUGUUUUGCCUGCCUUUGGUGGUGUUUCACGAACUGACUAAGACCUGGCUGCUGGGCCAGUUCACCUGUAAAGUGGUACCGUAUAUAGAGGUGGCAUCUUUAGGCGUGACGACCUUUACCCUCUGCGCGCUCUGCAUCGAUCGAUUCCGUGCCGCCACCAAUGUCCAGAUGUACUACGAGAUGAUCGAAAACUGCACCUCUACGGCCGCGAAACUAGGCGUCAUUUGGAUCGGUGCCUUACUUCUUGCCUUGCCCGAGCUGCUGAUCCGCCAACUGGUGGCGGAAAACGGAGACGGCACGUUAGAGGAUCCCGCUUCGGAACGCUGCCUGAUCCGAAUCUCUACAUCCCUCCCCGACACCCUCUACGUGCUGGGCCUGACAUACGAAGGCGCCCGUCUGUGGUGGUGCUUCGGUUGUUAUUUCUGCCUGCCCACGCUUUUCACCAUCGGCAGCUCGGUGGCCACCGCCCGCAGGAUCCGUCGCGCCGAGCGCGGCUGUGCCAGAGGCAACAAGAAGCAGAUUCGACUGGAAAGCCAAAUGAACUGCACCGUGGUGGCGCUCGCGAUCGUGUACGGCGCGUGCGUGGUGCCGGAGAACGUCUGCAAUAUGGUUUCGGCGUACAUGGCGGCAGGCGUGUCGCAGAGCACCAUGGCGCUGUUGCACCUGAUAAGUCAGCUGCUGCUGUUCCUGCGGGCGGCCAUCACACCCGUCCUGCUGCUUUGCCUGUGCAGACCCUUUGGCCGGGCCUUCCUGGAGUGCUGCUGCUGUUGUUGCGCCGAUGCGUGCGGGAUAGCGGCCCACUCUUCGGCGGCGGGCAGUGACGACAACGAACACGAGUGCACCACCGAACUUGAACUGUCUCCGUUCAGCACCAUACGUCGGGAAAUGUCCAACUACACAGCGACUGGAUCUCACUGCUGAGUUUUGCGUUUACAGUAAUUCCAGUGCCACACUAUUUUAUCUUACCUGUGUAAAUACUUUUACCACAGUUCAUAUGUUGCUCUUGUAAAGAAAGUAAUGUAGACUAAAAAUUAUGUAAUAAUUACAUUUUUUUAAUUGUCUUAAAAUAUAUAUAUAAAUAUAUAAACACACUGAUGUAGUGAGUGCUUUAGAUUUGACCUUUUUUGUGCACUUUAGCUUUCUCUCAGCGCUUUCGUGGACUUCACAAAGGCCUUCACACAGGAUGUGCCAGUAUUCAUAAAUCAAAUGAGUCAUAGGGGUUCCAAUGUUAAGCUGUUUUAAAAAAUCAAUGCGACGCAGAGCAGCGGCCAAAGAUGUCUGUCUCACAGAGACCUUCAACUAAACAACUCAACGCCACGUCCUGUCUGAACGGCCCUUUACUGUCGCACGGUGUGUUUCUGCAUUUAUUGAAAGUAACAUAUCUCUGAUGUUUCUCGAUGGCUGUGUGUUGCGUGCCGUGACUCUUUCUCUCGAUGCAUUUUGAUUCGUGUGAAUCGUUCUUGAAGUCUGUAGAGCAGAUGUGUGGAUAACUCACCCGCCCCAUCUGUAAAUGUCUGAAGCCUGUCAACAUCCACACAAUGCUCGUUCUAGUUAACACUUUCUAAUCGUUUUUAUAUAACCACAACCAAAUGUCUCUUUAAUAAACAGAACAGAUGUUUGCUAGAGAAAUGGCAAACUGAUAUAUUAAAAUGGAGGUGUGUUUGCUUUCAUUGUAUUUA